AGAGAGAGAGAGAGAGAGAGAGAGAGAGAGAGAGAGAGAGAGAGAGAGAGAGAGAGAGAGAACAACAGUGGAAUCAAGCGCGAUCUCCAUCAUCUUCAUCAUCUUCAUCUCCGCGGUAAUCUUCCGUCUGUGUGUCGAAGAACUAAAGCGGCUCGUUGCGGGUUCCUCAGUGUCGGGUUCUCCUCAUGUCGAGACGCUGAUCCAUCAGAUUCGCCUCUAGAAUGAUCCAGCGUGAGACUCUUGACAUGUAAAUGGCGUCUAAAGUGCGAGAUGCUGUUCUCUGGUACCAGAAGAAGAUCGGUGCGUAUGACCAGCAGAUAUGGGAGAAAUCAGUGGAACAGAGAGAGAUCAAGUUCAUUAGACGGGGUCUGAGGAACAAACCGAAGAAGACGGGUCAUGUGAAGCCGGACCUGAUUGACGUGGAUCUGGUCAGAGGUUCUGCGUUUGCUAAAGCGAAGCCAGAGAGCCCGUGGACGGCUCUGACCCGGAAGGGCAUCGUCAGGGUGGUGUUCUUCCCCUUCUUCUUCCGCUGGUGGAUCCAGGUCACGUCCAGGACCGUCUUCUACCUGCUGCUGUCUCUCUACCUGCUGCAGGUGGUGGCAGUGCUGUUGUUCUUCAGUGUCUCCUCUCCUCAUGGCGUUCCCGUCACCGAGGUGUUCGGCUCCGUCUGGCUGAUGCUGCUGUUGGGAACCGUUCACUGCCAGAUCGUCUCCACGCACACACACACACACACACCCAAACCCAGCGGCGGGAGGAGGCGCAGGAAGUUGAGGAAAGCGGCUCAUUUGGACAUUCAUAGGGAAGGCGACGGCUCUAGCACUACCGAUAACACACAGGAGGGGUCGCAGGGGUCACAGGGGUCGCAGGGGUCGCAAGGCCUCGUCAUCUUCUGCAGAGACUUCUGGCAUGAUCUCUUUAAAGUGGGGUCUAAGAAGUAUAAGCUGUCGCUGGAUAAGUCCACGGAGACGGAUAACGGGUACGUGUCUCUGGACGGGCGGAUCACCAGUAAGAGCAGCGAGGAGGGUCUGCUGGGUCUGCAUCUGCACGAGCCUCACUGCGAGCUGAGGAGCGCUGAGGACACACACCUGAGCCCACUCAGCCCCACACACACCACAGGGAAGUGUCUGCCUGAGGCUGCGGCUCCUCGCGCUGUGGAGAACAUGUCUGACGAAGCGUCCAGUGAAGAAGAUCCGGAGAACUACAGCUCGCUCCGCAAGAGCAGCGACUGCACACUGAGACACAGGAAAACACAGCACUAUAAGAAGCAUUACACCGCUGAGGAGCCGCUGAAGUCGGGCUGCCGCUCGCGCUGCUCCAGCUCCCGUACGCAGGACUCUGAGAGCACGAGGCACGAGUCUGAGACGGAGGAUGUUCUGUGGGAAGAGUUCCUGCACUGUGUGGAGUGUCGCUCGUCCUGCAGCAGCGAGACCGAGGCCGACGCGGCCAGCGCCAAGAAGGAGUUCAGAGACGACCCGUUCCAUCAGGGCCACGCCCCGUGGCUCCACAGCUCUCACCCGGGCCUGGAGCGGGUCAGCGCCAUCGUGUGGGAGGGAAACGAGUGCAAGAAAGCAGACAUGUCUGUGCUGGAGAUCAGCGGCAUGAUCAUGAACCGGGUGAAUCUCUGCACUCCAGGCAUCGGCUAUCAGAUCUUUGGGAAUCUGGUGUCGGUGGCGCUGGGAUUGACUCCGCUGGCGUUCCGGCUGUUCCAGUAUAAACACGAGGAUCUGCUGUCGUCGCUCCCGGCCGGAGAAAUCCUGUCCAUCGCCAUCGGCUCCACGGACCCGCUCGUGAUCGGCAUGGUGUGUGUGAGCCUGCUGGUGCGAGUGUGUCUCGUCUGGCUCUUCUUCUUCCUGCUCAGUGUCGCGGAGAGGACGUACAAGCAGCGGCUGCUGUUUGCGAAGUUGUUUGGUCACCUGACAUCGGCGCGGAGAGCCAGGAAAUCUGAAGUCCCUCAUUUCCGUCUGAAGAAAGUGCAGAAUAUCAAGAUGUGGCUCUCGCUGCGCUCAUACCUGAAGCGGAGAGGUCCUCAGCGCUCGGUGGAUGUGAUCGUCUCCUCUGCGUUUCUCCUCACGCUCUCCGUGGUUUUCAUCUGCUGUGCUCAGCUGCUUCACGUUCACGAGACGUUCCUGGAGUUCCACUAUAACUGGGAGCUGUUGAUCUGGUGUGUGUCGCUGUCUCUGUACCUGCUGAGGUUCGUCACGCUGGGAUCCGAGACCAGCAAGAAGUACAGCAACACCUCCAUCUUACUGACCGAACAGAUUAAUUUGUACUUGAAAAUGGAGAAGAAACCAAAUAAGAAGGAAGAACUCACUCUGGUCAACAACGUCCUCAAACUGGCCACCAAAUUACUGAAGGAGCUGGACGCCCCGUUCCGCCUGUACGGGCUGACGAUGAAUCCUCUGCUGUACAACAUCACGCAGGUGGUGAUCCUGUCGGCCGUGUCGGGGGUCAUCAGUGACAUGCUGGGCUUCAACCUGAAGCUGUGGAAGAUCAAAUCCUGACGCGGCUCGAGGGAUUCUGCACCGAACACACACGACUCGUCCUGACCGUGACCUCUGACCCCGUUGUUAGGAGUGCUUGUGCAAUUCAGCUAUUUAUUUGACCCUUUCAGUGUUUCUUUUUUAUUCUCAAGUAUUUGUUUUAGCUGUUACAAUUGUUUUAAGUAUUAUUUUAGCUCGGGAUGUGACGUUCUCAUAGGAAAGAUAGUGCAGCGUUGCAGGUGUUUUGCAGUCUGAUAUUUAAGACUGCUGUGAGUUACUGAAACCAGGAGUUUGAAGAGGAAAGACCCGUGAGGUCAGGGGUCAGGGGUCGUGAUGAACAGAUGAAACUGACACACACACGUUUAUAUUUUGAUCUGUUUUUCAGCUUUGCUCUGUGUUUAUAUUCUCAGAAGUGUCGGUGAGCUGAAACGAACUCUGAUGCGUCUUCAGUAACACGAGUGUGUGUGUGUGUGUGUGUGUGGGGGGGGGGGGGUCAGCGGUUAGGAAAGCCUCAAGAUGUGCACUUUACAGCAGAAAAUGUUACAUGUUUCAGUCAAAAGCGUCUUGGCGUUGUGUUUUUGUUUGGGACAGACGGUGUAACGACCAAAGUGUUUAUUUGCGUGUUUUGCUGAAUGUAUUCGAGACUCUUUGACUGACAGUUUCUUUGUUGUGAGUUUGUUUUUGCCUGUUUUGGUUUUGAUUCGUAUAGAUCCAUAUUUCUGUUCAUGGAGGGAAAAUGUUCUGUUACAAAGAAACACUACUUGAGGAAAUGGA